AUGGCACCAAAUAGAAUCCUCAAACACUUCAACCGAAGUCUGGCUGCAGCCUUCACGGUUGUGGCCAUUUCGACAUUCAACUAUGGCUUCGACAAUGCUGGUUACUCCACCACCCAGGCAAUGGAUGCCUUUCAGCAGCAGUUCGGCGACCAAGAUCCUACCACCGGAAAGUGGAAGAUCCCACCUAGUUGGCUGUCACUCUUCAACAGCCUCAACUACAUCGGCUUCGCCGCUGGUGUUGUUAUCGGCAGUCUCGUGAGUGCCCGUUGGGGCCGUCGCUGGUGCAUGUUCGGAAUGAGUGCUUGGGCGGUGAUUCCCGCAACGAUUGCCUUGACAUCUAGUACUCGGGAGCAGAUCAUGGCUGCGCGCAUUCUCAACUAUAUCUAUGUUGGUAUGGAACUGGCUGUCGUACCUGUUUACCAGUCGGAGAUUGUGCCAUCCGAAAUUCGAGGCUUCGCGGUCGGAUCCUACCAAUUCAGUCUUAUGUUCGGCACUUUGAUUGUCAACUCUGUCUGCAGAGGCACAAGUACCUUAGAAGGCAACGCCUCUUGGAGGAUACCCAUGGGAUUGUUCUACGUUAUUCCAGUUAUAGUCAUGUGUUUGAUCUUCUUUAUUCCAGAGUUGACCAAGUCACCUCGAUGGCUUUUGAUCCAGGAUAGAGUCGAAGAGGCGCAGUUGUCGCUUAAGAAACUCCGAGUUGGUACCAUCACAGACGCCGAGAUCGACGAACAAUUUGCGGCACUUCAAUACGCAUUGAAACAAGAGGUCGAACAAGGCAACUAUUGGGAACUGUUCAAGGGAGUAAACUUGAAGAGAACAGCCGUGGUUAUGGUCAUGAACUUCCUUCAACAAGCUACGGGCCAAGCAUUCGCAUCUACAUAUGGAGCCAUCUUCAUCAAGGAUAUCGGAACUGUCAACCCCUUCACAAUGACCAUCGUCAACGCCAUUGUUAACCUUGUCAUGGUUUUCGUGGGUCUUUACCUUAAUGAUCGUGUGGGGCGACGGCCCCUUCUCAUGAUCGGUGCUGUCUGGCAGUUUGCAGCUAUUGUAACUAUGGGCUCUCUCGGCACCAUCUCGGAUCCCUCAUUCGCUGUCAAGACAAGUAUCGUGGCUAUGCUGACCGUCUUUGCGGCCGGCUACGUCUUCGCCUGGGCCCCGCUGAACUAUGUCGUCACAACCGAGAUUCCGGCCCUCCGACUUCGCGACGCAUCUCAACGAACAGCUUCCAUGGUCAAUGUCCUGGCCAACUUCCUUGUCAACUUCAGCAUCCCUCACCUUUUAUACACUCCAGGCGCCGGGCUUGGGUCCAAGGUGGGCUUCAUUUUCGCGGGUAUCUUAGUCCUCGCGUUUGUUUUCACCUGGUUCUGUAUUCCGGAAUGCAAAGGCAAGUCUCUCGAGCAGAUCGACAGAAUGUUCAACGAGGGAAUUCCCCUACGCAAGUUUGGAAACUAUAAACCGGAGGAUACCUUCCAGGCGUUCACUGAAGAUGGGGAGAAGGCCGGCGUGGUUGUUACCGCGCGGCAUCAAGAGAAGGCCUGA